AAGCUCCCUCCCUCACACACUUUGACAGAUGAGUGUGUGACGCUCGCUUGGCUUAUCUCAAAGUCGUCAAAAGCUCCAAAGAACCUGGACGAGGCUACGAGCAGGUAAGCGUGGUUUAUUAUUCACAUUAUUGUCAUCAUUUGGCUCAUUUUUAAUGCGUGCUAAGUCGCCGCGACUACGUUGUGUGCGUGUACGCGGGCGCGUGUUUGUGUGCGCGCGCAGAUGCCGUCGUACACGUACGCGUGCGCGGCGCACCCGGCGCGCGUGCUGCGGCGCCUGGACGAACUGCGGCUGCGCGACGCUCUCUGCGACGUCACCGUGCAGGUGGACGGCCGCCGGUUCCACGCCCACCGCGCGGUGCUGGCCUCGUGCAGCGACUACUUCGCCGCGAGGCUCCCACGCGCGCACGCGCGCGACGACGAUGACGUCAUGCUGCCUCCCGAGGUAACCGUGGGUGGAUUUGAGCCACUGCUGACGUUUGCCUACACUUCCGAGUUGCUCUUCGGUAAACACGACAUCCUGGAAAUCCGCCAGGCGGCGUCAGUGCUGGGCUUCCGAGACCUGGACCACGCCUGUUUCGACUUCCUCCUGCCCAAGUUCAGCUCGGACCCGCCUCCGCCGCCAUCAAGUAGGAAGAAGUGCUGUAUAAAGAAGCAGAAGAGUGAGGAGGACGACGAUCACCCCCAAGCUGCCAAACCGGUGGCGAGAGAUGCUGCGCCACCUGGCUGCAGGGAGGGGAAUGACAGGAGACCCAUAUUCUCAUUUUGGCCAGAUGGGGGCACGGGAGGACCAAAGUAUCGCAAGUUCCAGCUGGCAUGUGGGAAAGAGGUACCUCAGAAACAAUGGGGCUGGAAGGAGACCUUUGGAGAAGGAACCAGGUACUGCAGUGGUCCCAAUUUAAUACCAGAAAUUACUGGAUGCCAGGAUGCUAGGAAUCUUCUGGGAAACGGCAGCAGCAAGGGAAACCAUGUGGCUAAGAUUCCCGCAUCCGAUUUGGUCCCUUUUCAUUGGGACAUCAUCUCAGAAGAUGGCGCACAAAGACCAGGAACAAGGGCUUCGUGUAGUCCGGAGCUGCUACAAGGUACCACAGAGAAAUCUGAAAAUCCCAGAAGACUAAUAGGGCUCAAGGAUGUAGAGCAUCUUCCAAGCAAUGAUGCCAAUGUGAGUCCCACGUCAGACUCAGUCCUCUAUUAUCAGGACACCAUCACAGAGGACAGAAAACAAGGAACAGGACCAAGAUUCUCUGGUAGUCCACAGGUGGUUCCAGCUCCCACCCAGAAAGAUACAGAUCCUAGAAGCCAAAAAGAAGCCCAGAGUGUAGCAGAACCUUCAGGAAAUAGUACAAAAAAGGGUUUCAAGUGCGACUUGGUGCCCUCAUGUCAGGAAUGCAUCAAAGAGGACCGAGAACAAGGACCAGGAACAAGGUUUUUUGAUGGUUCUGGUCUGGGACCUUGUGAAACUCUAAAAGAUGAAGCCCCUGCAAAACUAAGGGGAUGCAAGGACGUGGAUAGGUGUCUUGGGUCUAAUUCUAGCCCCUAUCACCCAAAAACCUCUACAGAAAAUGGCGAAGAAGGACCAAGAAGGAGGUUUUCUGCUGGUCCUGAUCGAGUUGAAGGAGCCAUCCAAAAAGCUGGAGCACCGAGACACCAGUACGGUCUGGAGUAUCUCAAGUCUGCCUCUGGCCCCUGUCAACAAAACACUAUCACAGCAGAUGAUGAAAAAGGACCAGGAACAAGGGUUUGUCAUGAUCCCAAGCUGGUUCCAGGUGCUACCCUGAAAGAUGACGUUCCCAGAAGACUAAAAGGUCUCAAGGACCUAGCCGGGGAAUCAGGACACACUACCAGUUUAGAACCCAGGUCCAACUUUGUCCUCUCUCAUCAAAGUACAAUCACAAAAGUUGAAGAACAAGGACCAGGGACAAGGUCCUCCGGUGGUCUAGGUUUUGCAGCCAUUUCCACACAGAAAAUUGAAGGUCCCAGAGCACUAACAGGAUGCAUUGAUGUUGACGUGUGUCCGAGGUCUGACAGAGGCCCUUUUCAUCAGGACAGCAUCAGAGAAGAUGGCAAAGAAAGAUCAAGAACAAAAUGUUCUCAUUCUACAUGGAGAGUUGAAGGUCUUGGAAUACUGUGUGAGGAUGGAACAGAUCUUCCAAGAGAUAUCACAGGAGACAAUCUGGACACAUUUUCCAGGUCCGACUCUUCUCAAUCCCAUCAGGAAAUCACACAACAACUUCAAGGAUCAGGAACACAGUUCACUAGUGAUCCCAGUCUGGUCCCAGAUAUCGUCCUAAAAAGUGAAGCUCCUGGAGGCGAGAAGGGAGCAGAGUACCCUGGGCCUGACCCUAGUCCCUCUCAUCAGAGCUGGCUCCGGGUAGACAAGUGCCCCUUCCGAGGACAGACUCAGGACCCGGAGCGAGGUGGACCUCAAGGGAAGGGGGGCGUCCUGUCCGAGAGUGAGGGAGCCUCGCAGUCGGGCCUGUCGUCUUUCAACUCAGGUGAGGACGGAGACUCGGAGACUGACGGCGAUGGAGAAUGGUGCCCUAGAGAGCGGGCCAGGCAGGUUAAUCUUCCAUUCUCUGUGGAUUACGCCGUCCGUCUGAACCGCGUGGAGCUACAGAAUCUGCUGAGUCAGCACGCACUGACGCGCCAGCAGCUAGAUUUGAUCCAUGAUAUCCGGCGGCGGAGCAAAAACAGACUGGCCGCGCAGCGCUGUCGCAAGAGGAAGCUGGAGUGCAUCGCCAACCUGCAGGAGGAAAUCAACAAGCUGAAGUGCGAGCGCGAGAAGCUCCUCGUGGAGCAGAACCAACUUCACCACCUGAAGACCACCACGUGCCUCAGCGUCACCGCACUCAGCCAGCGAGUCUGCGGCAAGGCCCGAGACCUCAGGCCAGACCAGCUCCGGCUCUUCGACCCCCAAUGCUCCCUUGCGUCGCACCUGGACGCUCUCCUCUUGACGCCCCACGCAUCUCCCGCAACACCAGCCGAGACUCAAGAACAUUUAGAGAACACGAGAAUGGACAUGAAGGAGUCGUGAUUUAUUAUAUAUUUUUUGGUCAGUUCUUUCUCAUCUCAUUUUUCUUUUUUUUUUUUUUUUGAUAUCAGAACUAUGAACUUCCUUGACCAUAUUUGGAAGGGAGCACCAGCAUCUACAUUUGUACAGGCGGUUUUGAUGAUUGAAGAGCCACAUUUUAUUUUAAAAUCCACAGGUAUCAUUUGUAGAAAAUUUAUAUGAUGCAUACGGUCAUAAUUUUGUUCAACAACAAUUAGUUGUCUUUUUAAAAAAAAUGUUAUCACAAUUAAACAAUUCAAUUAUUUUGCAAAAAUUUUAAAUAUAUUCAGUACAUUAUUUAAAAUGAAUUAAUUGAACAAAUAUUAAAUGAAAUGGGCAAAAAAACCUAAUUAACCCAUUUUAGGAACAGUGCUAAAUUUUGUUUAUUAAAUGGUGCUGGGCCAUAUUUUGCCCACCUGUGCUUUAACGAGUACACUCACCCAUUAAUGUCCAGCCAAGACUCAGAAAUAAUAGAAAUAGUAGUGAUGUAGACAGAUUUAGAUGAAUUUGCUCUCGGCUUUUUGUUCCUGUUUUUGUUUUUUUCCCCCUGUAAACGUUUUACUACCGACUUGAUCCUCUGCAACUUUUACAAGUACAAAUAUGUACGGUUUUGCUAUCAAGCAACAUUUCCAUCUGGACCGCAAUAAUGUAUGUACAAGUAGCAGCUCAGGCUGAUUAGAUGAAUUGUUGUAUUUUUUUUUCAUCAGCAGUGGUGCCAAAGACAUUUUCCCCCCUUCCUUUCCCAUCAAAACACACACAAGUCUUUAAAUGUUGUAACCUAUGACGUAUAUAGUCACCAGUGUUCAAGUAAAACAAUUGAAAUGUUAAAUUGGAGUUAAAAAAAAAUAAUCAACACUUGAUAGGGAAUCGUUAAAUGUCCGACUUUCUGUGUGGUCUUUUAACGCCUUGCUCGGAAAAGGUUGUAAGGUGGGCAAAAUUCCACCAGAGGGCGCCAGAUAUCUCCGAGAGGGGCGUUGAGUUGAAAUGUCGCCACCUAUGAGAAACUGCCCGAGGCGUGAGAUGGGAUUCUGUUCAACCACCCAUUUUCUUAGCCACUUAACCUCACAAGGGUCACUGGGAGUGCUGGAGCCCAUCCCAGCUGUCAACGGCCAGGAGGCAGGGUACACCCUGAACUGGUUUCCAGCCAAUCGCAGGGCACAUAGAGACAAACAUCCGCACUCACAAGCACACCUAGGGGCAAUUUAAAGUGUCCAGAUAACAUUGCAUAUUUUUGGGGAGAUGUGAGAAGAAACUGGAGUGCCUGGAAAAAACAUAAACAGGCACGGGAAGAACAUGGAAACUCCACACAGGCGUACCAGAGAUUCUCCAUGGGAUUCUAACCCUUGUCAAAAUGGUGGAACCAUUUAACAGGAGUAAGAUCAUUUAUGCGUUUCAUGACUGCAUGUUAGCAUUUCACAUCAAGCCUUUGCGCUGAGUCAGUAGCAGUCGGUUCGUCAUGCUAUAAGUUAGCAUUCCAACUGUUAGCAUGUAAGCAAUGUUAGCAAUUCCCACUAGAAAUUUUAAAGAUCAACGUAAACAAAAAAAAAAAAAAAAUGUUGGCAUUUUCGGUACUCAAACCCAGCUAGCCGUAUGUUAGGAACUUUUAGCACGUCAGCAAUUAACACUUGAAAUAGUCGGCGUUAUUGACUUUCGGCUUUGAUCGAAACACCUUAGAAUCCGUCAUUGUGCUUUCCCUUAUCAGGCUGCUGGGUUUCUGUAUGUUAGCAUACUAAAUAUGCUAUUUGACUUUUUUGCUCUUGUCAUCUGACAUAAUACACAAGUACAUGGAAAGACGUCAAAUCCUCCAGGACUCGUUUUAGCGUGUUUUGCAUUUGCUGCACUCAAACUCAGGUUCCUAUCUCGCAGUUUUAGCAUGCCAACUGUUGACGUAAGCAAAUGUUGCGAAAUACUCAACUGUAAGAUUGUAACCUUGUUCUUGACCUGCCUUAGUUCUCUUUUUUUUUUUUUUGGUACUUUUUGGUUUUUCUAUCUUGCUGUAUGCUAGAAGCUCUCCUGACACAGGAACUAAAUACAGGUGUAAGGGUAGGGAAAAAAAACUUUCUGUACUGAGGUGGAUAACUUGCUAUAUGCAUGCUUGCAUUACAACUGUUAGCAUUUUAAAUACUAACAAUGCUAAAUAGUACACGACUUCACAGUGAGGUGUACAAUACUUAUCAAUCUCUUUUGGCAUUCUGUAACUAUUUUUAUUCUUCGUCCUCUUUGGCUGUUUAGUCGAACAGAAACGAGGAUUUGUGUUCUUUUUACGCCGGGAGAGUUUAGAUGUGCCACAGCGGAGAUUUUAAGAUACCGCCGUGCUUCC